AUGUCAUCAAUCAAUCAAACUAAUAUCGAAAUUCCUCUUAUUUUUUAUUUACAUUUAUCAUGUGCAACAAAUGCAUACGAAAUUAUUUCUCAAAUACGUAUGAAUAUUCCACAAUAUUAUCAAAAUAAUAAUGAAUAUAUAAUAGAUUUUUCUUGGAAGCAGUUAAUUAAUAGAAGUAUUUAUGAAGAAUUUAGCAAUAAAAUUUUUGAUGAUUCAAAUUUAUUUGAUCAUUACUAUCACGAUCAACUUACAUUAGCACGAUAUGAAGCUAAUAUUCAUCGAUUAUCGACGUCAUAUAUGCAACGUUUAUUAACAUUGAAUAGAACAGGAACUAUAAAACAUCAACUUAGAGAUUUACUUAUUGAUUAUGAAGAAUUAUUUGAAAUUGGUAUACCAUUGAUUAGUGAUGAAGAUCACGUCUUUGAAAUUUUGAAUUAA